CUCUUACAUAUAACGAAUCGGCUGAAGUUGGGAUUCAUGGGCCAUUGGAUAGCGUCCUAAUGAGUGGGUGGGUACGUACUGCUGGUUCCCGUCUAUCGAACAACUUGCUCUUUGGUGCAAUCAAAAAUCGACAGAUAUCCCUAUCAUGUUAACUCCAACUGUAUAUACAAAUUUUACAUGUAUCUGUGGGAGCAGUUACAUUGGAAGAACAGAAAGAAGUUCAUAUCUACGAUUUUCUGAACAUGUACCAAAACGCCUAUACCUAAAGGGAACAAAUGCUUUAAACAGUGCCAGACAUCCUCUUGACACGGGUCAUAGGGUGGACGUCGAAAAGUCGUUCAAAAUCAUCAGUAGACAAAAAGUUCAAUUCUCAUUAAGUUUGAUGAAGCCAUUUCCAUAAAGCGCCUGAAACCUGAUUUAUGCGUUCAGAAAGGAACAGUUAUCAGUCUUUCUUUGCCCUGGUAACUGGAUACUUUCAUCUCUCUUUCAUCUGAAUGCGUAAUGCUGAAAGUUUCCAUUGCUUAUGAUUAUUAUUGUUUGGAAUAGUGUUUAAUAUUACACAUACAUAUAUGUAUGUAUAUAUUAUUACUGUAUGCAUAUAUUGAUCGACUGAUGUUUUUGUUUAAAAUGAACUC